AUGACCAUCAAUGGAUUCAAUUGUGAGACCAAAUCGACUGACGAGGAAUACACGGAAACUCUGGUAUUAAAGCCUUUACCGGACGGACACUUGUAUGCCUUCUUCGAGCUGAAGACAAUUUGGCACAAAAGCUUGCAUUCAAUCAAUUGGGCCAAUCGAUUCAAUGUAUUCCCUCUGUCUUUGGGGAAACUGAUCUCAAAACAUGAAUUACAAGAACUGCACUUCAGUCUAACGAAAGGCGUUUGGAAACACCAGCGAUGGGGUUAUGCCAUACGGGAGGCGCCGCCCAACGCACAGCUCUGGCUUUGGUUCCAACACUUCCACAAAAAUCCAGAGAACGCGUGGCGAGAGAUAACGAGCGAACUCUCCGGUCAGUUCUGUGCGUCCAUUAACUUCAUCGACAAUUCGGCGACAGUUGAGCCCAAGUAUUCGUUGAGACCCGAGGGUGUGAUCGAUGGCCAGUCGUAUCGAAACGGGUCACUGUUUUACGGCGCUCUUCCGCACGAAUCGGUUUGCACUGAGAAUUUGACGCCUUUCAAGAAGUUGUUGCCCUGUUUUGCCAACAAAGGGUUGGCCACUCUUCUCAACGCCCAACACCUCUUUAACUCCUAUUACUUUUCGCUGGCCAUUGACUUCCGGCCCGAUAUCAAAUGCGAGACGACUUCAGUUGAAUUAAUUCAAAGUAUUUCCGUUGUCUUCAAUCCUCCGAUUAUGUUUGACGGGAAGCAGAGCUGGUCUUUAGUGAAACUGUUUGGCACAACACUCACCAGCACUUGUAGUUUGGCCUCAAAGACUACAUUAUAUAUCGAUGUAACCGAUAAUAACGACAAGAAUUUGACAAAACUAACUCCAGAGCCGACAAAAUUGGUUUAUUCAGUAAUCGGCGCCGAAGAGCGUAAGUACGCGGCCUAUGAUCUCAAACAGAUGAUCGCUCAAAACGGCAAACCGUUAAAUAUUGGCAAUUAUUUCCAAAACAAUUUAUUGUAUUCGAGUGUAAAACCGCCGCCGCUUUACGCCAACCGAUUCAUCAAAGGCUAUGGUUUGGCCGACGGAGGCAUCACUUGUCAUAUAUUCAAUAAUUUGGAUAAACCCAUAGAAAUCGCGUAUUUAGAUGUGAUUCCCUGGUAUUUACGCAUAUAUGUGCACACACUUGAAAUCACAUCCAAUGGUCAGUCACUCAAACCGCAUACCAUUUAUUACAAGCCAUCUAAAGAUCGCAUUCAAGCGCAUCAUUUGGAGUUACUGUUGGUUUUGCCACCCAAUAGUAUGACAGACAUAUCCUAUCAAUUUGAUAGAGUGUUUCUCAAAUGGACGGAAUACCCGCCGGACGCCAAUCACGGCGUUUAUGUCAAUUCGGCGAUCAUUAGUGCGAAUUUAAACACCGAUAAAAACUUUACUUAUCUACCAAUUCGUGAGACUAUUUCCACACAAAAUGUGCAUUUUGUCAGAAUAUAUACUCAAACACUGUUAGUCUCACUUCCGACGCCUGACUUCUCAAUGCCAUAUAAUGUCAUUUGUUUAGUCUCUACUGUCGUUAGUCUAGCCUUCGGACCAAUUCAUAACUUAACCACAAGAAGAGCUAAGAUUGCAGACAAUGAAAGUGAUAAGAAAACUAAGGACUCAUUGAUGUCUAAAAUUAAAAACUUUUUUAAGAGGAAAACCAGCACUAAAUGUGCCGAACAAACGAAAUAUAUUAUCAAAAUGUUGCCAAUGAAACACUCAAUUGGUGUGCAUUUGAUUGCCUCAGAAUCGAUGCAAUUACAAGAAUAUGUGUCACAGAAUCCGGAAUCUAAUGUAGUGUUGAAAGAGUACUUGUCACCGAAAACAAUGUCUCAAUUGGUGGUCGACAAGAAUGCAUUCUUCCGACGCGUCCGACAUCUGUACCACUCUUGGAAUAACAGCGACGAAGACUUGGAUAACAUUCAUAAAGUGGACGCAAUUGUGGUGAUUGUCGGUCAGGACCCGGAUGUGGUCUAUAGUAAGUCCACUGCACUUCAGACAUGGCUUUUUGGGUAUGAGAUGACCGACAUUAUGGUAGUUCUGUGCCAUCAGUCGAUCCAUGUGUUGGCGUCCAAAAAGAAGGUCGAGUUCUUGAAGUUGAUUGAGUCGAGCAAAGAGAAUGAAGAGAAGGUUCCGACCAUUACUUUGUUGGUCAGGGAUAAGCUGGCCGACGGCGUCGAACAGGCCGUCAACAACAAGAAAUACGUGAAGGGUGUCGACCCCUCUCAGGUCGACCUCUGCUAUACGGCUAUCGUUCAGUCCGGAGGCAAAUAUAACCUCAAGUUUAGUGCCGUUAGUGAUAAAAACAAUUUACACUUUGGGGCCAUAACAUGCGCUCUGGGGGUCCGAUACAAGCAGUACUGCUCUAAUAUCGUGCGAACACUUCUCGUCAAUCCAACCGAAGAGCAGAAAAGUUUGUACGAAUUCUUAGUUGAACUCCAAGAGAGUGUUUUGGAGAAACUCAAAGACGGCGUCCGAUUGAGUGACGUCUAUCAACACGCCGUUGAUAUGGUGUCCAAACGCGACAAAAGCCUUGUCGACAAAAUGACCAAAAAUAUAGGCUUUGCUAUGGGUUUGGAGUUUCGCGAGGGAUCACUCCUAUUGGCGCCCAAAUCUAAUUCAAUCGCCAAAAAGGGAAUGGUAUUCAAUGUGUCCAUCGGUUUCUCUGGUCUCCAGAAUAAGUCUGCAUCGGAUGCGGAGGGAAAACAAUACGCGCUCUUUAUUGGCGAUACAGUUGUGGUAAACGACGGAUCGGCUGCUAAUGUGCUAACACUAAGCAAAAAGAAGUUGAAAAACGUGGCUAUUAUUCUCAAAGAUGGCGACGAAGAGUCCGAAGAGUCUGAAGAAGAGGUGAAACCAGACAUUGUAAAGGAAGAAGACUUCGCUGGUCGUGGCGCUCGUCGUACAGCUCUCAUAGAAAACAAAUUGAGGAAUGAAUCGACGACUGAAGAGAAGCGCAAACAACAUCAGAAGGAGUUGUCGGACAAUCUGAAUGAGUCGGCGCGCGCGCGACUGGCCUCGAAAGCCGGCGGCAAUAAAGAGGAGUCGUCGCGAAAGUCGACGGUUUCGUAUAAGAAUAUAAAUCAAAUGCCGAAACAGACAGAAGUGAAUGAUUUGAUGAUAUUUGUGGACAAGAAGUACGAGACCGUGAUUUUGCCCAUUUUCGGAAUACCGGUUCCGUUUCACAUCUCGACCAUUAAGAAUAUCUCGCAAUCGAUUGAAGGCGACUACACGUACCUGAGAGUGAAUUUCUUCCAUCCCGGGGCCACUCUGGCGAAGACCGACGGCAAUAUGUUUGUCGCCAACUUUGACUCGACAUUCCUUAAAGAGCUCACAUAUCGGGCCACUAAUGUGAAAGAGCCCGGAGAGAUCUCUGCGCCCUCUUCUAACCUCAACACAGCCUUCAGACUCAUUAAAGAAGUCCAGAAGAAGUUCAAGACUAGAGAAGCCGAAGAGCGCGAAAAGGAAGGAAUCGUAAAACAGGACACUUUGGUGUUGAGUCAAAAUAAAGGCAACCCUAAGCUUAAGGACUUGUAUAUCCGACCAAACAUUAUAACGAAACGAAUUCACGGCACUCUCGAAGCGCACGCCAAUGGCUUCAGGUUUACGUCAAUCCGAGGCGAUAGGGUUGACAUACUUUACAAUAACAUUAAACACGCCUUUUUCCAGCCCUGCGACAAAGAGAUGCUUAUUCUCCUUCACUUCACACUUAAGAAUGCCAUAAUGUUUGGCAAAAAGAAACAAUCGGAAGUCCAGUUCUACACAGAAGUGGGAGAGAUUACUACCGAUUUGGGAAAACACCAACACAUGCACGACAGGGACGACUUGGCCGCCGAACAGGCAGAACGAGAGCUCAGACAGAAGCUCAAGACUGCGUUCAAGACAUUCUGCGAUAAAGUGGAACAAUUGACUAAACAAGAGGUCGAGUUUGACACUCCAUUCAGAGAUUUGGGAUAUCCUGGAGUUCCCAAUCGUAGUAUUGUUUUACUGCAACCGACCUCUGGAUGUCUCGUCAAUCUCACCGAUUGGCCGCCAUUUGUGAUAACACUGGAUGAGGUAGAGUUGGUUCACUUCGAAAGAGUUCAGUUCCAUCUGAAGAACUUUGACAUGAUAUUCGUGUUCAAAGAUUACACCAGAAAGAUAUCAAUGGUUAACGCCGUACCCAUGGCUAUGUUGGAUCACGUGAAGGAGUGGCUUAAUUCGUGUGACAUUCGCUACACAGAAGGCAUUCAAUCGCUGAAUUGGGCCAAAAUCAUGAAGACUAUAACCGACGAUCCCGAGGGCUUCUUCGACUCCGGCGGCUGGACUUUCUUGGAUCCGGAAUCAGAUGAGGAGAAUCACGGCGACGACGACUCCGACGAAGAGGACGAUCAGUACAGACCGUCCGACUCCGUGUCCAGUGUUGAGGAAAGCGAAUCUGAAUUUUCCGAAGACUCGGCCGUCAGUGAAGAUGAAACCGAUGAAUCAGAGGGUUCUUUGGGUUCGAGUGAAGAGAGCGGCAAAGACUGGUCAGAGUUGGAAGAGGAGGCGGCGGCGGCUGACAAAACACACGGAGACUUUGUUGACGACUACACGCAGAGGAAGGGAGGAGUAGGCGGCGGACAUCGUGGGAAACCCCCGCCACCCAAAAGGCACGGCUCAAUGCACUCGUCAUCGAAACACAGUUCGAUGAAAAGGGGAAGAGAUGGUAGGGAUGGCAGAGAUGGCAGGGAUGACAGAGACAGACAUCACAAGAAAAUGAGAAAAUAAACUAUUUUUCAAAAUCAAUUCAACCAAAAUGUAUCAUUGGUUUUACAUUCGUUUUACCCAUCGUUUAUUCAACUAAUUUUUAUCAUUAAAUUUGAUUAUUAAAUAUAGAAGUCAUUAACGUUUCAAUAAAAUAUGUCUUUAAAGUCUGA